AUGAAUACACGUAGAUCAUCAUUUUACAUGUUUAAAAUUGUUCGGCAUCAAGUACCUUUGCACCGGCCUGAGAGCACUUCAAAUCCGAAGGUUACGGAGUUGGACCAUAAUCAUCAAGAAAUGACCGAAAAACAAGCACAAACGGUUGAAAUCAUGAGACGCAUAGGUAAUACCCCUCCCAACAAUCCAUCCAAUCACCGAAUGCGUUUUAGGUUAUUUUAGUAAAUAUUUGUAUAUUUUUUAGACAUUUUUAUUAUGUUUGGUGGUUUAGACGAUUGUUAAAAGUUAUGUUGUAAUUUAUAAUAUUUAUAUUUAGAUUUAUUGUUUUUGUGUAUAAAUUUCAAAUAGAAUUUGUUCAUUUGUAUUAAAAAACUUGCAUUUUCGUCAAU